AUGGGCAGCUCUCGACCCAUGCAGUUGCUGCUAUUUCUUCUGCUGUUCCCAUCUUUUGGCCAAGGGGUACCCCAGUGCCCAGAGGCCUGCAAAUGUACCUUGUCAGUCAAUGGCACAUCAGUCAUCUGUGGUCCCCUGGACAGCUUCCCAAAGAGCUUUCCCAUGGAUACUAUUUCCAUCUCUGUAGAAUAUACUAACCUCUCACAGCUCUCAAGUGAUGCCCUCAGAGGUCUUCCUAACCUCAAAGAAUUGCACCUUGCUGGCAACAGGAUUGACAGCUUGAGCCCUGGGCUCCUGAUGUCCACACCUGCCCUGGAGGUGCUGGAUCUGACAGGUAAUGCCCUGACUGGGCUACCCAGUGGACUCUUCAGGAACUCAGAAGCUCUCCACUCCUUGGUACUUAAAGGAAACAAACUGAACACUCUCCAGGUGGACUGGCUGGAGGGCCUGGUGGCCUUGAAUUGGCUGGACGUUUCUGAAAACCAGCUGCAGAAACUGCCCCCAGAUCUGCUCCUCAACCUUACCAGGCUGCAGACCCUGGACCUAUCUGAUAACAUGCUGCUGGAGCUACCCUCCAAUCUUCUGCAGGGCCUCUCUGCCCUGAAGAAGCUUCACUUGGAAGACAACAAGCUCCAGACUCUGGCUGAUGGCACUUUCUCUACCACCCCAUACCUGUGUCACCUUUUCCUCCAGGGAAACAGGUUAGACAGCCUGCCUUCCAACAUCUUCAGCAACCUGACUGAGCUGGAUAUGCUUGACCUGUCCAACAACUCACUGGCACAGGUCCCCGAUGGGCUAUUGGAUAGGGUGGGGCUGCCACAGCAUCAGAUGAAGGAUGGAUUUGAUCUCUCUGGAAAUCCUUGGAACUGUGACGAGAAGCUACAUGGCCUCUACUCCUGGCUCUUGAUCAACCAGGACAGAAUGUUCUUCAAGGACAAGACCCUCUGUGUAGGACCCAAAGACCAGGCAGGUCAGAGGCUCCUGGAGGUGGCCAAGAAAAGGGUUUCUCCCAAGCAGUAG